AUGAGCCAAUACGCAUCGGUUCAUGCCAAUCCCCAGGGUGCCGGAGAUGCUCGACCAACUGCUGCCCAAAUCAUUCGCGAUGAAUCGCUUGAGGGAGAACUCAGGGGCAAAGUUAUCGUUAUCACUGGCGCCACAUCGGGGAUUGGACUUGAGACUGCUCGAGCGCUCGCUACCACCGGAGCCAAUUUAUUCCUCACUGUGAGGGACACGACCAAAGCUGAGGCUACCCUCGGCAGCUUACUGGACUCAAACCCCUCCCGGAUCUCGUUGGUGGAAAUGGACAAUGGUUCCCUCAGUAGUGUCCGGGCGGCGGCAGCCAUUAUCCUCGAAAAAUCAAAUCGUCAGAUUAAUAUCCUCGUGAACAAUGCCGGGGUUAUGGGGUUGGAAAAACUCACGUUCACGGUAGACGGCCAUGAGGUGCACUUUGCCACGAAUCACCUCUCUCAUUUCUUGCUUUUCAAGCUUCUUCAGUCAGCUCUGCUAAGCAGCUCGACUCCCGCCUUUCAAUCUCGGGUUGUCAUGGUGGCGUCUUCAGCACAUCGAGCCUGCACACUUGGUGCAAGUGAUGAGUAUAACUUUCCGAAAGGAGGAUAUAAUCAUGGGAUUGCAUAUGCUAAGUCAAAACUCGCGAACGUCUACAUGGCCAAUGAGCUGGAGCGUCGGUAUGGUGACAAGGGGCUUCAUGCUACAAGCCUCCAUCCUGGAGCCAUCAAUAGCAAUAUAUCUAGAAACCUUGGUCCCGAAGCUGUGGAGCAGAUCUUGAGUAACGAAGCAGUCGUCAAGAUCCUGAAAUCACCGGAGCAGGGCGCUGCUACGACGGUUCUUGCUGCAAUCGGCAGUGCAUGGGAGGGCACAGGAGGGAAGUAUCUUGAGGAUUGUGCAGAAGCAAGCCGAGGCGUGGACGACCAUAAUGUGUUUGGAACUGGGUAUGUGUUACAAACGUAUGAUCCAGAGGCCGAACACCGAUUAUGGGAGGACUCAUUGAAAAUACUUGGCCUCGAACCCGAUGCGUAA